AUGGAUGACAUUUUUGGUGUCUUUCGUUACCCAAUAACGUAUGCGCCGAUCAAUAGGGUAUACGCGGGAAGUGAUGCCGAGUUCGCUGAGUCUCCCUAUACUGUGUUCAUUAAAUACGACACACCCGGCAAAGUGGGCGCCAUUACGUGCACCGGUAGUAUACUAAACAAACGCUGGGUCCUGACAGCAGCCCAUUGUAAUUACAAUAAAACAACAUUAAGGGAUAUAUACAAUAGGAUCCGGGUGUUUGUGGGCGACAAUCAGCACCCGGAGGGCGGAGAGUGUAUACGCGUUGAAUUGCAUAAUAUGUUUCGACACCCGGAGUAUAACCCAAUUCUUGAUCUCAACGAUAUAGCUCUCUAUGAGCUAAACACUGACAUCGAUAUAAACGGGUCAAUAGAGUCGGUUCACUAUAAGGCAAACACUGUAUGUCUACCGCAAUACAACACAUCUAAUCUCGGACUCAAUUGGGAACGAGAAUUUGCCACCGGAUUUUGUUGGGGACAGUUGUACAGCACAAACAACAUGGUCUGGAGGGCCAAAGUGUUGCAAAGGGCCGAGGUGCUUUUAGAAGGCCUUAACGUUGCCUGCAAUUCGCUAUUAUGUUCACGGCUUGAUUGGGUGCCUGAAAUGAUUAUCAGGAUUUGUGUG